AUGGUCGGUGCUGAAGGUGAGGAGGAGAGAGGCGAAUUCAUCGGAAAUCUGACGAGGGUGGUUAGUUUCGUAACGCAGCAAGCUGAUAUUUUCUCUCUCUACAACCCUCACUCACUGACGUUCAUUUCUUUCUCCUCACUCAAAUUCAAACACAAUCGUGUCUCUCCUCAACCAAUUUGCUUGAAAUUACACUUCAAAAACCGGCAAUUAGAUCUUAAUUUCGCGAAAACUACAAAGAUUUUGAGAGGGAUUGCCUGCUGUAUGGGUAGAGUUUCAGUUCUAGAUGUUAGAUGUUGCAUUUUCUGGUGCCGAUGUAUGGGUAGAGUUUCAGUUCUAGAUGUUGGAUGUUGCAUUUUCUGGUGCCGGAGCUUCGUUUUCCCGGCGACUGAUCUUCUAAGAAUAUGAACGAGGGUGAUGGAGCAUUACCUACUUCUUGUUAAAUUCAGUUACAGAGAUUAAUCAUUCAACUAGUAGUGUUGUUACUGAGUCAACUAGUAAUGAUGAUACUUCAAGCCUCAUCAACUCACCUAGGGUGUGUUACUCCCCUAAAGGAUCCAAGGAGUACAUUGCAGGCUGUUUGCAUCAUCUUAAACCUAGUGUGGGUAUGAUUUUUGAUUCUUUAAAAGAGGCUGAACUUUUUUAUAAAGUUUAUGCUUCUCACUGUGGUUUUCAAGUGCGCAAUGGGACUGAUAAAAAGGGAAAACAAACUGUUGGAAAAGAAAUUGUUGAAGUGAUACUUCUCAAAUAUUUGCUUUGUACUAAGCAAGGUUAUUUUCAACCCAAGCCUAGAAAUCAGGAUGCUGAGUGUAGUCAAACGCGGAAAAGAAGUGUGACCCGUUCUGGUUGCUUUGCUUGUAUUCGGUUACGGUAUAGUUCUGGUGGUAAAUAUGUGAUUUAUUAUUUUCAUGAGGGCCAUUCUCAUCCUUUUUUAACCCCGAGCUCUAUACCCUUUACUAAAGAGUCCAGGCAGUUGACUCAGGUGCAAAAGCAAUAUAUUUUUAAUAAUGCCAAAGUGAAUAUAGGGCAUGUUAAGUCCUAUAGGAUGAGUAAAGAACAUUGUGGAAGUUAUAACAAUGUUCGUAGUACAAAAACUGAUUUUAAAAACUUUUAUCGUGAUUUGAAAGUUUAUAUAGGCGAUAAAGAUGCGUUUAUGUUCAAGGAAAAUUUUGAGAGGAAAAUACAGGCUUCUAAUAGGGGUUUUUACUUUGAUUAUUGUGUUGACAAGCAUAAACAUCCUACUCGUGCUUUUUGGGCUGAUUCAAUCUGUAGGAAAAAUUAUGCAUUAUUUGGGGAUGUUG